CAUGGCCGGACUCCCCUGCAUCUUGCUGCCAAUAAGGGCCAUCUUCCUGUGGUCCAGAUCUUGCUGAAGGCUGGCUGCGACCUUGAUGUCCAGGAUGAUAUACUGAUCUUUAUGGCAUGGUAAGAACUGAGAAUUAGUUGAAGAAUGACCUCCAGUGGCCUGGAGUGGGAUUAUUAUGAAUUUCAACCUGUGGAAACCAGUUCUUUAGAUUAUGCAACUCCAGGAGCAAAUUCUUUCUUGCUUCCUUCCAAUCGUGUCAACUCUCAUUGGAGCGCUAAUGCCAUCUCUGAUUGGUCAAUGAGCAAUCACAUAGCUCCCGCCUCAGAAAUAGUCCAGGAUGCUGUGGCCACAGUGAAAGCCAUGAAAGAAGACAAAAAUAAGAAAAACCACAGAGGGAAGGUUAGGAAGGACCCUAGAAGAUCAGAGAGAGAAAAAGAGGGGGACCAGACCGCCUUGCACCGGGCCACAGUGGUGGGGAACACGGAGAUCAUCGCGGCGCUCAUCCACGAAGGGUGUGCCCUGGACAGACAAGACAAGGAUGGGAAUACAGCCUUGCAUGAAGCAUCCUGGCAUGGUUUCAGCCAGUCAGCCAAGCUGCUCGUUAAAGCAGGAGCCAACGUGCUUGCCAAGAACAAGGCGGGGAACACAGCUCUGCACCUGGCCUGCCAGAACAGCCACUCCCAGAGCACGCGCGUCCUCCUGCUGGCCGGGUCCCGCGCUGACCUCAAAAAUAAUGCAGGAGACACCUGUUUGCACGUUGCUGCGCGCUAUAAUCACUUGUCCAUCAUUAGGCUCCUCCUCACUGCUUUCUGUUCUGUCCAUGAAAAGAACCAGGCUGGAGACACAGCACUUCACGUUGCUGCUGCCCUAAAUCACAAGAAGGUGGCCAAAAUCUUACUGGAAGCCGGAGCAGAUACGACCAUUGUUAACAACGCAGGCCAGACUCCGCUGGAGACUGCCCGCUACCACAAUAACCCGGAAGUUGCUCUUCUCCUUACUAAAGCUCCCCAGGUCUUGCGCUUCAGUCGUGGGCGAAGCCUGAGGAAAAAGAGAGAGAGGCUCAAGGAAGAGAGGAGAGCCCAGUCUGUGCCAAGAGAUGAGGUGGCCCAAAGCAAGGGCAGUGUCUCAGCAGGAGACACCCCCAGCAGUGAACAGGCUGUGGCCAGAAAAGAAGAAGCCAGAGAAGAGUUCCUGUCAGCCUCCCCAGAACCCAAAGCAAAGGAUGACAGGAGGAGAAAGUCAAGGCCCAAGGUGUCAGCAUUUUCUGACCCCACCCCACCAGCCGACCAACAGCCUGGACACCAGAAGAACCUGCAUGCUCAUAAUCACCCUAAAAAGAGGAACAGGCAUCGGUGUUCAUCCCCACCCCCACCCCAUGAGUUCAGGGCAUAUCAGCUCUACACAUUGUACCGGGGCAAGGAUGGGAAAGUGAUGCAGGCACCAAUAAAUGGUUGUCGAUGUGAACCUCUAAUCAACAAGCUGGAGAAUCAGUUGGAGGCUACUGUGGAGGAGAUAAAAGCAGAGCUGGGAUCGGUUCAGGACAAAGUGAAUACAAAGCUGGGGCAGAUGGAGAAUAAGACCCAGCACCAAAUGCGUGUUUUGGACAAGCUGAUGGUUGAGCGACUUUCUGCAGAGAGGACGGAGUGCCUGAACCGCCUGCAACAGCACUCAGACACAGAGAAGCAUGAGGGGGAGAAACGACAGAUAUCCUUGGUGGAUGAAUUAAAAACCUGGUGCAUGUUAAAGAUUCAGAAUCUGGAGCAGAAGCUUUCUGGAGAUUCUAGGGCCUGCAGAGCUAAAUCCACACCAUCUACUUGCGAGUCCUCUACAGGUGUGGAUCAAUUAGUGGUGACUGCAGGUCCAGCAGCAGCUUCCGACAGCUCCCCUCCAGUGGUUAGGCCCAAAGAAAAGGCCCUCAACUCCACUGCUACCCAGAGACUCCAGCAGGAGCUGUCAUCUUCUGACUGUACAGGCUCCCGACUGAGAAACGUCAAGGUCCAGACAGCCUUGCUACCCAUGAAUGAGGCAGCCAGAUCUGAUCAGCAGGCUGGGCCCUGCAUCAACAGAGGCACUCAAACUAAGAAGUCUGGGAAGAGUGGGCCAACAAGGCAUCGUGCCCAGCAACCUGCAGCCAGCAGCACCUGUGGGCAGCCGCCACCAGCCACAGGCAGCGAGCAGACUGGCCCUCACAUUCGGGACACCUCCCAAGCUCUGGAGCUUACCCAGUAUUUUUUUGAGGCUGUUUCUACCCAGAUGGAAAAGUGGUAUGAAAGGAAGAUUGAAGAAGCACGAAGCCAAGCCAAUCAGAAAGCCCAGCAAGAUAAGGCUACACUGAAAGAACACAUUAAAAGUUUAGAAGAGGAACUUGCCAAACUAAGGACUAGGGUGCAGAAGGAAAAUUAGCACCAAUAAAGAGGAAACAUGAAAGGAUUCUUGAAGAUUUCCAGUUUUGCAGCUGCAUAAUAGCUAUGCCCAAGGAGUCAACUAUUGUAUAUAUUGCAGAUUUGCCUUUUUUAAAAAAUCACUAAUUCUACAAUGUGCCAGAUACAUGUUUCCUAUGCCCAGGAAGUUAUGAAGACUUCAACAAUUAAACUGAAACCAGGGGAAGCUUGCUUAGUUUUGGGUUUCAUUAUAAACAGCCUCAGUCCAGGUUAAUCUGAAGUUUGAAAGCUCAGAUUAAGCAAGCCAUGCCAAGAAACUGGACGAUGUGUAAGCCUAGACUCUAAAAUUCAAGAUGUGUGAAAUAAUAUAAGUCAAAAGCAAGAAAAACGUAAUCCCGUCUGAACUCAAGUAGUCAUUCAUAUAAAUUUGAACACACCUGUGCCUAGACAAGUGUCUUUCUGUAAGAGCUGUAACUCUGAGAUGUGCUAAAUAAACCCUCUUUCUCAAA